AUUUUCCUUUAAAUUCAAAUUUGUUGAAGCAACCCUUCACCCGCCGCUACCGUUAUUUUUGUACAUUUAAUACACACAAACUAUAUAUGUUGUACUUACUCUCCAGAACUGCCAGCGCAGCCAAGCAAUGCACACGUCUCACACGGAAUUACUCGCUGGUUUCGAGCUCAUCGUCUGCCUCGACAAGGCCUAGCGUCUCGAUGGCCGCACUGCUUACGGCGUCUCUUCGGCAACAGCCACGCGGGUUCAGCGCAUCGGCGCUCGCGAUGAAAGACAUUACAGUUACUUUCAUUGAGCCCGACGGCAACGAGGUUGAGGUGACCGGCGAGGAGGGAACAAACCUCAUGGAGCUUGCGCACGAAAAUGAUGUCGAUCUGGAGGGCGCAUGCGAGGGCGCGUGUGCCUGCUCGACAUGCCAUGUGAUCCUGGACGACAAGAUAUUCGACGAGCUGCCCGAGCCGACGGACGAGGAAAACGACAUGCUGGACUUGGCGUUUGGCCUGACCGACACGUCGCGUCUUGGGUGCCAGGUUCUGCUGACGCCCGAUAUGGAGGGCGCGCGAAUCAGGCUGCCCUCGGCCACGCGCAACUUUUAUGUCGAUGGCUCCAAGCCCGCCCACCACUGAGUGAAGAGCGUUGUCUUUUUACUGCCUUUUCUCCACCUUGAUUUUUAUUAUUUUGCCAUAAAGAGUUAUUUGCGUAUUUUUUUGCUGGACCAUACAUCUAGCACGAAAGAUAACCUGUUCGGGCCGUUUGGAUUACAAAGGCCGAAACCAUAAGCUUGUAUGACCAUUGCUUUAUCUAUGGCCAGUUCGAUAUUCCGCAGCACCGUUGAUAUUUUUUU